AGCUAAGCCACGGCAUGACGUCGCAACUAAAACACCAUGCCCCUCAUUUGCGAGAGUUGGUCCCUGAUCUCCACAUUGAGCACCAUGCCGGGAGGCCUCUACCUUGCGGCACCGUGAUGGCUUAAGUUGAUUGAGCUUCAGCCAGACUUGAACACAGUUAAAGCCAGCCAUACACCCGUGACCCGAGUCAAACAAGCCGCGUGUUGACCUCAGAACUCCCCUACAUAAUUCACUCAUCACCACCACACUCAGCUGUCAGUCUUUUGGGAGCAUCAACUGACCAAUUCCGCGACCACCAAACAAAGUAUAUCCCGAGACACAACAAAGCAUCGACGAUGAGUACAAACGAGAAGCAGCAGCAUUCGGCAAACCCGGCCGUCCAGCACGGGCAGCAGUAUGUUCCGCCUCCUCCACCAGGCCCUCCGCCCAUCCAAACGUCGCAAGCCCCGCCGCCGAAGCAUCCCGAUGAGACACCCAUUCCGGAUUACGAGAUUCCAGGCUACAAUCCCGCGCAACCGCAGUUUGCGCCACCUCCAACGGCGGACGACGAAGACAUCUACAACGCGUCGCCGACAGACCAACGUCCGCCCGAAUGGGGCCAUAGCCAUCACCAGCAUCACGAGGGCGAUAGCGAAGGUGCGAAGAAAAAGUCGAACAGGCUUUCCGCAUUCGGCGCGGCAUUCAGCAGCAAAGUAGCCGGGCCAGUCAACGCCUUAGCCCACAAGUUCGGCGCCGAGGGCUUCCUGCCCGAGUCGCUUGACAAGGAGUGCGAGAAGGCCGCCAGGAUCCUCAGGGGCUUCUGCAAGGACGGCAUCUACAGCGACACUGUCCCGCCCACUGUCGCUGCCACAACCACAGGCCCCGCAACAACAACGGCCACCGGCGUCCCACCCGGCGAAAAGCCGCCCUCCUCCCCGUCCAACAAAACCAAGAAAGGCCGGGUCCUCCUGACGAUCCCCUCCAAAGUCAUCGCCCGCGCACAAGGCCUCGCAAUCUUCACUGCCGUCCGCCUCGGCUUUCAGGCCACCGGCUCCAGCGGCAGCGGCAUCCUGCUCGCUCGGCUCCCCGACGGCAGCUGGUCGCCGCCCAGCGGGAUCCAGAUCACCAGCAUCGGCGCCGGGUUCGUGGCCGGCGUGGACAUCUACGACUGCGUGAUUGUCAUCAACACGCGAGAGGCCCUCGACAUGUUCACCAAAACGCGGUUGAGCCUGGGUUCUGACUUGGCAGUAACCGCGGGGCCGUUCGGGGCCGGCGGCGCGCUGGACUGGGGCGUCCCAGCCGGUCAGCGGGACGCGGAGAGAAGGGAACAAGAAAAGGGGAAAGGGAAAGCAGGAGAGCAAUACCCGGCAACGACACUGUCCCCGCCCGCACUGUCGGCUGAUAACACGCGCUUCCAGACGGGGCCGGUCCCCGAGGAGAAGCAGGGUAUGGGCGAGGAAGACGCCAAGGAGAAGGCGAAGAGGGAGAGGCGGCCCAGCCCGUUCCGGGAGGCGAUCAAGAGGCCUGUGUACAGCUACGUCAAGUCGAGGGGUCUGUUUGCGGGUGUGCAGAUCGACGGAACAGUCAUUGCGGAGCGCGAGGGGGCGAAUGCCAAGUUCUAUGGCCAGGCUGUGCCGGUGGGCAGGAUCUUAAAGGGAGAGGUUCCGGCGCGGGGCCCGCCUGGUAUGUGGCCUGAUGCUGCGAGAGGUUUGUUUGAGGUGUUGAGGGGCGCAGAAGGGUGGAGGGGACAGCAGCAGCAGAGACCCGGUAGUCCCGUGAGUCCCGGCGUCGGCGGCCCCACCGGGACGGGACCCGUUCCGGCCCCUGGUCCCGCGGCCGCGCCGGGACCCGCUCCUAGCUAUGGUCCUCCGCCAGGCACCGGCGCUCCUCCCAGCACCUGGGUUCCUCCACCCUCGAGCGGGGUCCCCGGCGUCACAGCCGGGAUGCAGAAUUUGAAUGUCGGGAACAGCAGCGCUGGCGCCGGCCCGUCAACCGGCUCUUCAUACCCACCACCUCCGACCGCGGCGGCAUCUGCCAAGGCGGCCGAAGCUGCUGCUGAGGCGGCACACUCGGAGCAUGCUCCUCCACCUCCGCCGGUGUAUUCAGAGGUGCAUGGUGACCAGGACCUGCCACCUGCUUACGUCGAGGACGAGAGGUAUCCGCAUGCGGGGCGGGAUAGCAAGACCGGACAGCAUUAGGUGGCGCUGUCAUGGCAGAUCACUUACGAUUUUGGCUUCCCAUUUUUUUCGGUGCGUUCAAUCGCGGUGGAGAGGUAUUGAAGUG